AGCCCAAAAAGAUUCGUAGUUUUUGGCUUUUGCCAACAUUUUCAGUUGAAGUUCUGCACUGCUUCCCCAAAAAAGAGUGGCUGCAAAUUCUUUUCUAGUCUCCAACGGAAGGAAAGUGAAAAAAAGGGAAAAUAAAGAAACUCUCUCUUUUACCAACAAAAAAGUGGGAAACAAAGUUAAAGUUUGAAUUUUUCGUUCGGGUUCCACUCAAUCUGUCUGAUCUAUAGCCUCCGAAGCGCUCGUCUCCUAUUCUCUGAUCGGGGUCUGCUAAUUCUAGCCACAAAGUGAAGUGGGUUUCUUUCUCUUCUCUCUCUGCUUUGUUUUGUUUGGUAUUGGUUGUUUGGCGUUUUAUGGAGGAGUCGGGUGGGCUAAAAUGUGGGUUUGGUCAUUUUCCUGGUAGAGAUCUCACGUAAACAUUUCCGGGUAUUUGGUCGUUUCUGGUUUUAUUGUUUUUCUAUGCUCAAGAGACUAGGGAUAUUUUAUUAUGUUGUAAACUAGUGGCGAAAAAAAAAAAAGAGGUUCUGAUUUAUCAUUUUUGUAUAGUAGAAUCCACAUAAUUUCGUAUGAUUGUGAUUGGAAAGUAAAAAACAAAGCUUGAUUUUUGUUCUUUUGGUGAGUGAAAGGAAUCCAAAAGUAUUUUUGUUUGAAUUCCGAGCGGUUUCCGAUAAAUUGGACGGAAUCAAUACAGGGAUUGUGACUGUUUUAUCUUUAGCUUUUUUUUUUAGUUUCCUUGGUGGGAUUGGAAUGUCUCUGCUAACUGUGGUGUAUUGUGAUUAGAAGGAACUUUUUUUUGUUUCUUUUUAUCGUUUCCAACUUUUAUUGUGUUUGAGUUGAGUGGAGAGACAGACCCAUCUGCCUGUUGUGGAGAUCUGGGAGUUGUUUCGUCUCUUAUGCCCCAUGAGGACAUUUUCCCCCUCCGAGUCCUUUAAAGAAAUACAGCUCAAUGCUUUCAAUCCACAGUCUUGGCUUCAAGUUGAAAGAGGAAAACUUUCCAAACUUUCAUCGCAGUCUUCUUCUUCAUCCAUAGAAUCUCUAAUCAAGGUCCCUGAGCCUCCGAUACUACCAUUCUUUAAACCUGUUGAUUACGUAGAAGUUUUAGCUCAAAUUCAUGAAGAACUUGAGUCAUGUCCUUCGCAAGAGAGGUCGAGCCUCUAUUUAUUACAAUUUCAGGUGUUUAGGGGCCUUGGGGAGCUCAAAUUGAUGCGGAGAAGCCUUCGUGCAGCAUGGCAGAAGGCUAGCACCCUUCAUGAGAAGCUCGUGUUUGGUGCAUGGUUGAAGUAUGAGAAACAAGGGGAAGGGCUUAUAUCUGACUUGCUUGGAACCUGUGGUAAAUCUGCCCAGGAGUUUGGACCUAUAGAUGUAGCAGCUCAGCUUCCACUUGAUGUAAAUGUUAAUUCCCAUGUGAGUGUUUUGAUGGAUGGGAACCAAGUAUUAAGAAACGUUGGUUUUAGAAUUGGAGAUGAGAAAAUAUUUUGUGAUAGGAAGAAGAUUUCUGGCCUUUCAGCUCCAUUUAAUGCUAUGCUAAACGGGUGUUUCACAGAAUCACUUUGUGAGGAAAUUGAUCUCUCUGAAAACAAUAUCUCUCCGUCAGGUAUGAGGGCAGUGAAGGAGUUUAGCGUUAAAGGUAGUUUGGGUGAGGUUCCUACAAAUCUCCUGCUGGAAAUAUUAGUUUUUGCAAACAAGUUUUGUUGUGAAAAGCUCAAAGAUGCUUGUGAUAGGAAACUUGCGUCUCUGGUUUCUGCUAGAGAAGAUGCGGUGGAACUCAUAGAAUAUGCACUUGAAGAGAACACGCCAAUUUUAGCUGCCUCAUGUUUGCAAGUUGUUUUGCGUGAUCUUCCUGAUUGUUUGAAUGACGAUCGAGUAGUGGAAAUAUUUAUCCAAGCUAGUAGACAACAAAUAUCAAUCAUGGUUGGGCCAGCUUCAUUUUCCCUGUACUGUUUAUUAAGUGAAGUUGCAAUAAACCUUGAUCCCCGGUCUUAUAAAACAGCUUGUUUCCUGGAACGAUUGAUUGAGUUUGCUGAAACAGACCGGCAGAGACUGAUGGCAUUUCAUCAGUUGGGAUGUGUGAGGCUCUUUAGGAAAGAAUAUGAAGAAGCCAAACAUCUUUUUGAGGCAUCUUUGAAUGCUGGCCAUGUAUAUUCUGUUUCAGCUUUGGCUAGAAUUGGUUACUUCAAGGGCCAUAAACUUUGGGCUUAUGAGAAGCUCAGCUCCAUAAUUUCCAGUGUUACCCCACUUGGAUGGAUGCACCAGGAGAGGUCAUUGUACUGUGAAGGCGAUAAGUGUUGGGAGGAUCUUGAGAAAGCCACUGAGUUGGACCCUACUCUUACUUACCCCUACAUGUAUCGGGCUGCCUCCUUAAUGAGAAGUCAGAAUGUUCAAGCUGCGCUUGCAGAGAUCAAUCGCAUUCUUGGGUUUAAACUUGCACUAGAAUGCUUGGAACUUCGGUUUUGUUUUUAUCUAGCACUUGAGGAUUACCAGUCAGCCCUUUGUGAUGUUCAGGCAAUUCUCACACUCUCCCCUGAUUAUAGGAUGUUUGAAGGACGGGUGGCAGCAUCUCAGCUCCGUACUCUUGUGCGUGAGCAUGUAGAUUAUUGGACAGCAGCAGACUAUUGGCUGCAAUUGUAUGAUCGGUGGUCUUCAGUUGAUGAUAUAGGGUCUCUGUCUGUUAUUUAUCAGAUGCUUGAAUCUGAUGCAGCAAAAGGGGUUCUGUACUUCAGACAGUCUUUGCUUCUCCUGAGGUUGAACUGUCCUGAGGCAGCGAUGCGAAGUCUACAAUUAGCUCACCAAGAUGCUUCCAGUGAACAUGAGCGACUGGUUUAUGAGGGGUGGAUCUUAUAUGAUACUGGUCAUUGUGAGGAAGGGCUUCAAAAAGCAGAGGAGUCAAUCAAAAUCAAGAGAUCUUUUGAGGCCUUCUUCCUGAAAGCCUAUGCAUUGGCCGACUCCAGCCAGGAUCCGUCUUGCUCAUCAAUUGUUGUUUCACUUCUUGAAGAUGCCUUGAAGUGUCCAUCAGACAGGCUGCGGAAAGGUCAGGCAUUGAAUAAUCUAGGAAGUGUUUAUGUUGACUGUGGGAAGUUAGACUUGGCAGCUGAUUGUUACAUUAAUGCCCUUAAAAUCCGGCACACUCGGGCCCACCAGGGCCUUGCUCGGGUUCAUUUUCUCAGAAAUGAUAAGGCUGCUGCAUAUGAGGAAAUGUCAAAACUGAUUGAGAAGGCCCGGAACAGUGCAUCUGCCUAUGAGAAGAGGUCUGAGUACUGCGAUCGUGAAUUCACAAAGGCAGAUCUGGAGAUGGUCACCCAAUUAGAUCCGCUUCGGGUAUACCCUUACAGAUAUCGAGCUGCAGUAUUAAUGGACAGCCACAAGGAAAAAGAAGCCAUUGCUGAAUUAUCAAGAGCCAUAGCAUUCAAAGCAGACCUUCACCUUCUACACCUGCGGGCAGUAUUCCAUGAGCACGUCGGUGAUGUCUUGAGCGCACUCCGGGAUUGUCGAGCCGCUCUUUCUGUAGACCCCAACCAUCAAGAAAUGUUGGAGCUUCACAGCCGUGUAAACAGCCAUGAACCGUGACUUUAGGGCAAAAAAAAAAAAAAAAAAGGAAAGAAAAUU